AUGAAUGCUUUAGCAAGAAGCCAUGUGUGGUGGCCGAGGAUUGAUAAAGAUAUUGAAGAACUAGCACACGCUUGCAUUCAAUGCGCAGAAAUAAGAAAUGACCCGAUAAAAGUAAUUGUACAUCCCUGGGAGAAUGCAGUUAAACCUUGGCAGAAAGUCUACGUUGACUAUAUUGGACCUUUCCAUGGAAAAUACAUUUUUGUGUUGGUAGAGGCCUAUACAAAGUGGAUCGAAGCGUUUCCAACAAAGACGAUAACUUCAACUAAAACUAUAGGGAUGCGAAGAGAAAUAUUUGCGAGAUUUGGACUGCCUUAUACAUUAGUUUCUAAUAAUGGAACUAAUUUCAAAUCAAGAGAAUUCGAAGAAUUUCUAAAAUCAAAUGGUAUUGUUCAUAAAGUCACCGUUCCUUACCAUGCUGCUACCAAUGGACAAGCGGAGAGGAAAGUUCAAACGAUUACGCAACCAGCUGCGUGA